AUGGCCCCAUCAAGAGCUCGGGAUAUCGAGAAUAAGCCUGCACCAGGCAUCUCCUACUUUACUCCUGCUCAGGAAACCCCCGCAGGCACAGCGAUAAAUCCCCAGUCCAACGGUUGUGCACCUCCAGGGCUCUUCCAGCCUAUGAAAGUACGCAACCUCAGAUUCCCAAAUCGAAUCGCUCUGUCUCCCCUUUGUCAAUAUUCCGCCGACGAUGGCCAUAUGACUGACUGGCACCUGGCCCAUCUGGGUGGUAUUGCUCAACGUGGUGCAGGCUUUCUGAUGGUUGAAGCCACAGCUGUCGCACCAGAGGGCCGUAUUAGCCCGCAAGACCAUGGACUGUGGAAGGACUCCCAAAUUGAACCGCUAAAACGUGUGAUCGAGUUUGUCCACAGUCAGGGCCAGCUGGUUGGGGUACAAAUCGCCCAUGCUGGACGAAAGGCUAGUACUUUAGCACCUUGGCUUGGGACUGUGGAUCCAGCGACGGCAAAGGAAGGCUGGCCAAACGAAGAUAUAGCGACCGAAAAAGUGGGGGGCUGGCCCGAUAAUGUGGCAGGGCCAACUAACGAGCCCUUGUCGGACCGACAUGUCAUCCCUAAAGAAAUGACCAAGCAGGAUAUUGAAGAUUUUAAAGUGGCCUGGGUGGCGGCCGUCAAGCGUGCCGUCAAGGCUGGGGCCGAUUUCAUAGAGAUCCACAAUGCCCACGGCUAUCUCCUGUCAUCCUUCCUCUCUCCAGCGGUCAACACACGUACGGACGAAUAUGGUGGCACCUGGGAGAAUCGAGUCCGCCUAUCCCUUGAAAUCGCCAGGCUCACACGCGAAGCCGUUCCUAAGGAUAUGCCCAUUUUCCUUCGUGUAUCUGCCACAGACUGGCUUGAGGAAUCCUUGCCGAAUCAGCAGAGCUGGCGUGUGGAAGAUACUGUUCGAUUCGCCCAAGUCAUUGCCGAGAGUGGUGAUAUUGAUGUCAUAGAUGUGAGCAGCGGUGGCAACCACAAGGCGCAGCACAUUCACGCCCGUCCGGGAUUCCAGGCUCCAUUCGCCGUGGCCAUCAAGAAGGCUGUUGGAGAUCGGCUGAUUGUGGGAACUGUGGGCAUGAUUAGCUCAGCCGAGCUUGCAAAUACUCUCAUUGAAAAGGAUGGGCUGGACUUUGUUAUGGUCGGGCGUGGAUUCCUAAAGAACCCUGGAUUGGUUUGGUCGUGGGCAGAAGAGCUUGGUGUAGAGAUAGCCAUGGCAAGCCAAAUCCGCUGGGGGUUUACCGGCCGGCGAGUCACGAAGGCCCAUGUAAACUAA